AUGUCCUCCUUUCCCUCUGGCAUACCAUCCACCAAAAGCGAGCCAGGUGUGCAAUCUGCGAGAGACGUCGAGCCAACAACAGCCUCUCUCAGUCUACCACCUCUGCAUUCUAUAGAUCCAUUGCAGCGGUUCACACCUCAUCCUUCCCAAGAUCCUGGACUCAGCAAAGGACUGCCUCCACCUGGAUUACCUCCAAUAAGCCAAUAUCAUCGUCCGCAGCUGCCUGGCAUAUCACAAUACCAUAUCACCUCUUCUAAUCCCCCUUUGGGACAUGGUCCCGCGACAGGACACCCAGCCGGCCAGGUUGACGGUUUGCCACAUCCUACUACUUCCCUUCCUAUUGCACCCUCUGGAUCACAUCGCUUGCUUUCAGGAGGCCGACACAAGAAGGAGGUCAAACGGAGGACUAAAACGGGCUGUAUGACGUGUCGAAGACGGAGAAUCAAGUGUGACGAAGAGCAACCGAGCUGCCGUAACUGUUCGAAAAGCAAGCGAGAGUGUCUGGGAUACGAUCCAAUAUUCAAGUCGCAACGAUCUGCGCCUUCGUUACCAUCGUUACCAUCGUUACCAUCUAUCUCCCCAUCAAAUUCAACCCCAGCUUCCUCAGCCAGUGCACCUUCACUUCAUCUUGGUAGCUUUCCCAAAUCAGCUUCUCCCAUCAACACCUUCUCCCCCACUUCAAAAUCACCCUCUCCAUCGUCUGGCCCGAUAGCACAAUCCGAUAGUGCAAGUGGAGAUCAUGUUAUACCAUCCAUACCAGAUAUCCAAGGCCAACCAGAGCAAGCGCAGCCUGAAGGACUCGUUGCAGAGAAUAACCCGCUAUCAGUGCCGUCUAUCUCUCAAAUAUUGCAUCAUCCAGUAGCAGAACGUGUGCACGUUAAGGAGCUUUUCAACACCGAUGGCCAGAUGGCCCCUCCAGUCACUGUGUCACGAUCCGAUGAUGUUGUUUUCAAGGAGUCAGUCGAAGCCAUCUACAACACGGUAUACGCCCCAGCUCUCGACAGGUUUCUAGAGACGCGCUGGUAUACUAUGUCGGGCUUGAAUGCACUGCGGAUGAAUUCUCAUAUGCUUGCGGAGUUCAUCGCCUUUGUCCGGGCUGCUAGCCUUGGUGCAGAGGAAUCGCCGUUCCCAGGUACAUUGGCGCAGGAGACCCGUCUGAUAUGGGGCUUGCUCAACAUAUGCAGCGGAAGUCAGGUAUCAUCUCGAGAAAUUACCGAGUCGAGUACCGAACUGGAAGUUCUCCCAAGUCGAAUCGUUGCCACAUCAGGUGAUUUCAGGAGACCUCCGGACAACGAUUCUGCCGUUCCGAACAGGAGAGUAGGGCAUGAUGACACCCAGAAUCCACAGCACACAAAUACCCAGUCUCCCCCAACCAACGACUACGGUUCUAAGACCGUUAUAACCACUUUUCCUGGCGAAGACACCACUACCUUCAUGCUCACCGCACGACUGAAAGCCCUAUACUCUCUCCUCACCAACAACCCAACCCCACAAUCCUCAGAGCACCCUCUGAUCCCACCUUCCUCUCCCGUCGACACGCCCCUCCCAAAGCCACUAGCCCGCCAGCUCCAAACUCGGCAGGAUGAAUUCUGGUUCUGUGUUGGACGAUUCGUUGCCGCCUCCAGAGAUGCGGAUUCAAAUCCAGACACAAGUAAAGCGGAGAUGAAGACGGCUCUUCACAGGGCGAGGACGUUGUUGGAUGGAUUCGAGAAUCGAGAUGUGGUAUAUACGGUCAUGAGGAUGAGAUUCCUGCAGAGAGAAGCUCUGGAUCGGGACAGAAAAUCGGGAGGAGAGGCUGCGGCGAGAUUGGCUGAUGAGGAGAUGGAUGAGGAGGAGGAGGAGGAGAAGGAGAGAGAUUGGGAGAGGGAGUGGGAGUUCUGCACAGACAUCUUGAAGAAUGAAGCUGGUCUUGCGGACGGCGGGGACGGAGUGAACAGCGGAACGGGGAAGAAUGUCGUUGCGAUGAGGAUUGCAGGUAUGGCUGUUGCGGCGUUUGAACUGAGUUCGGAGUCAUAA